GACUCACGAACGGCGGCACCAUGGCAUUAUUUUCCCCUCAAGAAAUGGCAGCUACAAAGCUAUAAAAUCCAAAUUCUUACGUUUUGUAUCCUUUCUUCUUCUUCCAUAAGACCUUUAUUUAACACGAGAAUUUCCCUCCAAUCCCACAAUCUUCUUGCAUUUUUCACUUUCGAUCCCUUAUUUCAGUCUUUUCACUGUGUUUUCCUCGCGUCUCCUCCGGGAUUACAAAGGUUGGUCUUUUCAGAUCUUUGGUUUUCUAUAAUUCCCAAUGUUUAUUUAGCUGCUGGGUUCGAUAUCUUUUCUGGGUUUUUAAUUAAAAUGGAAACUGUUAGCGUACGAAUGAGAUCGGAUCAUUUAGACAAAGAAGGAUUUAAGGAAACCCAUGAAGAAAAUCUUGAACUUGAAUCAUCCCAUAAUAUUAGUGAUGGUAGCCACCAAUUCCAUUCGAUGAAUGCCUUAGAGAUCUUAAGAGAAACCGUUAGCAUAUUACGGUACAAUUUGCCCGGUUUUAUGAUCAUUGCAGCUUUGUUAAUUUGCCCAGUAUCUGCUGUCUUUAUGUCUAAUUUGUUAGUUGAUCAUUCCAUUGUGAAGAGAUUAACUGUUAGGCUUUUGUUAGUUGCCAAAACCUGUGGACUCCCAUUGAGGCCUUUUAUCAGACAGUCGUCGCACAGGUUUGCGGAGUCGGCAGUUUCAUCGGCAAUGUGCUUCCCUUUGUUCAUUACAUUGUGUUUGUUAUCGAAGGCUGCUGUGGUUUAUUGUGUAGACCGUACUUAUUCGAGGAAAUCAGCUGAUGCUUUGAAGUUUUUUGGGAUAAUUCGGAAGUUUUGGAGGCGGCUAGUUUUCACAUAUGUGUGGAUGUGUAUGGUUAUAGUUGCUUGUGUGACAACUUUCUUUGUUUUCCUUGUUGCGGCAUGCAGCUUACUUUCUGUUCUUGGCUUUACACCUGAUUUAAUUGUGUAUGCGGUGAUACUGAUGGGACUAGUGUUCUCGGUUGUUUUUGCAUAUGCAAUCGUUGUCUGCAAUAUUGGAAUUGUAAUCUGUGUGUUGGAGGAAGUUUCGGGACCACUGGCAAUGCUUCGGGCCGGUGUUCUAAUCAAAGGGCAGACUCAAGUUGGUCUUUUGAUAUUUCUUGGAUCUACAAUUGGUUUAGCAGUUGUGGAAGGGUUGUUUGAACAUAGGGUUAAGGCAUUGAGUUAUGGAGGUGGGUCUUCUAGGAUCUGGGAAGGUCCACUGUUGGUCAUAGUGUAUUCAUUCGUCGUGCUUGUUGACUCCAUGAUGAGCACAGUUUUCUACUUCAGUUGCAGAUCUUACACUAUGGAAAACUUGGACGGUGAGUGUCAAUCCAUGUUGGAAACACCAUAACCGCCUCCGCUGGAUUGUUUGGUGCUCAAUGGCAUCAUUAUGUCCGUCGUUGUGUUAUCGGCUAAUAUUUAUCGAGUUCCUGACAAGAUUACAGCAUACUCGGAGUACUGAUGAAGGUUAUUUUUUUGUUUCAUUAAAACUCCAGCUAGAAGGGUUUUGCAGCUUAUGACAUGCUAAAGAUGAUCUUCAAACUCUUCCAAAGAUAUACAUGGUUCAGGUGCAUAAAAUUUCUUGUGAUCUACCAGCCAUGGAAUAAAACGAUAUAGAUGAUACAAAUAAAUUGAUUAAAUAUAAAUGGCUGCAUAGUAACUAUUCAUCAAUUGGUGUAAGAUAGAUUUUCUCUAUUUAUAUGCUUCCAUAUC